AUGGUUGCUAGGUCUAGAGGCCUCCUGGGUUCCCGGCAGCUGCUCCUCUCUUUUAUUCUCCACACAGCCUGGGAGGUGGGGAGCGGCCAGGUCCAUUACUCCGUGCUGGAGGAAGCGAAACACGGUACGUUUGUGGGGCGAAUCGCGCAGGACCUGGGUCUGGAGGUCGGGGAGCUGGUGUCGAGGCUGUUCCGGGUGGUGUCCAAGGGUCGCCGGGACUACCUGGAGGUAAAUGUGCAGAACGGCAUUUUGUUUGUGAAUUCUCGGAUCGACCGGGAGGAGCUGUGCGUCCGCAGCCCUGUUUGUAGCAUCCACCUGGAGGUGAUUGUGGAGAAACCGCUGCAGGUUUUCCAUGUAGAGGUGGAGAUCAAAGACAUUAAUGACAACCCUCCUGUGUUUUCCUUAAGACAAAAGAAUCUGUUUAUUUCUGAAUCCAGCCCAUUAGAAUCUAGGUUCCCACUAGAGGGCGCAUUGGAUGCGGACAUUGGAGAGAAUGCUUUGCUGACCUAUAGCCUCAGUCCUAAUGAAUAUUUCGCUUUGGAUGUAAAGAAAAAGGAUGAGAAAAUGAAUUCCCUUAAGCUUGUUUUGAAGAAAGCUCUAGAUAGAGAGGAAACCACUGAACAUCAUUUAUUACUGACUGCCACUGACGGAGGAAAACCUGAGCUCACUGGUACCAUUCAAUUGCUGAUCACAGUGCUGGAUGUGAAUGACAAUACCCCAGAGUUUGAGAGGACAGUUUAUAAGGUGAGAAUAUUCGAAAAUUUACCGAAUGAGACAUUAGUGAUGAAAAUGAAUGCUUCGGAUUUGGAUGAAGGAUUAAACGGGGAAAUUAUUUAUUCUUUCACUAGUGAUGUUUCCCCUAAAGUACAGAACAAGUUCCACAUAGACCAAGUCAAUGGUGAGGUCAAGAUAAAGGGAAAUAUAGAUUUCGAAGAAACAAAAUUAUUUGAAUUCCAGGUAGAAGCGACUGAUAAGGGGACUCCUCGCAUGGUUGGUCAUUGUACAGUCCUGGUCGAAAUUAUGGAUAUCAACGAUAAUGCCCCUGAAGUUGCGGUGACAUCACUAUCACUUCCUGUCAGAGAAGAUGCUCCUCCAGGCACUGUUAUCGCCCUCAUUAGUGUGUCCGACAGAGACUCUGGCGCCAAUGGGCAGGUGACUUGCUCACUGUCGCCUCCUGGGCCCUUCACGCUGGUGUCCACUUUCAGGAAUUACUACUCGCUGGUCCUGGAGAGUCAGGUGGACCGCGAGACUGUGCCUGCCUAUAAGCUGGUGGUGACAGCCAGGGAUGGCGGGACGCCAGUUCUGUGGGCCACGGCCAGCGUGUCAGUGGACAUCGGUGAUGUGAACGACAACGCACCUACUUUCGAGCGGCCUGUGUAUACUGUGUUCGUGAAGGAGAACAACUCCCCCGGCUGUUACAUCUUCACUGUGUCGGCCUCCGAUCCGGAUGCGCAGGAGAACGCGCUGGUGUCUUACUCUCUAGUAGAACGCAGGGUAGGCGAGCGUCCGCUGUCGAGCUACGUGUCUGUGCACUCAGAGAGCGGGAAAGUGUACGCCUUGCAGCCCCUGGAUCAUGAGGAGCUGGAGCUGCUGCAGUUCCAAGUGAGCGCCCGCGACGCAGGCUUCCCUCCUCUGAGCAGUAACGUGAGCCUGCAGGUGUUCGUGCUGGACGAGAACGACAAUCCGCCUGUAGUGCUGCCACCUCACGCUGGCGUUAGCCCAGUGACUGAACUGGUGUCGCAGUCGGUGGCUGCAGGCCAUGUGGUGGCGAAGAUUCGGGCUGUGGAUGCAGAUUCUGGCUACAACGCGUGGUUGUCCUACGAGCUCCUGUCGGAGGUGGGCGUUGGGCGCAGUCCUUUUCGCGUGGGUCUGUACACUGGCGAAAUAAGCACGACUCGGUCCUUGGAGGAGUUUGAUGGGCCGAAACAGACGCUGCUGGUGUUAGUGAAGGAUCACGGGGACCCCGUGCUGUCUGCCACAGCUACUAUGAUGGUAUCCCUGGUGGCAAGCGGACAAACCCUGAAGACGUUUAGUGCAGGCCAUGCAAAAGUGAAAGAGGGGCUUAGGGAAGAGGCACCGCUGGUGGAUAUUAACGUGUAUCUGAUCGUAGCUAUCUGCUCGGUUUCCAGUUUGCUGGUGCUGAGUUUGCUGUUCUAUGCAGCAAUGCGGUGCACUGCGCCUCUGGAGAGCCUCUACUGUCCAAGAAAGCCUACAGUAGUGUGUUCCAGCAACGUGGGGAGCUUAUCUUAUUCUCAGCAGCGGCAGCCGAAGAUUUGCUCUGGAGAAGGGGCCACUAAGAGGGACCUAAUGGCCUUCAGCCCCAACUUCCCUCCUUGUUUGGGGGACAGAGGUCAGCAGCAGGAGAUGGUUUCAGAACCUGGGAAGGUAAUUUUUGAUUCCUACAUCUGA